AUGCUGUCGGAAAAUUAUUUAAGAGAAAACCUAGUCGAAUAUGAUUUGCUGGACGUGAAUUUACAUUUUGAUGACGACGAGGACGUCGUCGGGCCAGAAAUAGAAAGAAAGAAACGUUUGGAGAGUAUGAGCGAGCGAGGAGGUAUCAGAGGAGCUCCUUAA